GCGGGAACGGCCGCCCCCUGGCGGGCCACGCGCUUCCCGGCGGGCGGGCAGCCAAUGGGCGCGCGGGCUGGGCGGCGGCCGGGGUAUAAAAGGCUCCGCCCCGCGCGGCGCGCGCUCCAGACUCACCUGGACGCUCGAGGAGUGGGGUCGGUAUCGCUACCGGCACCAACCGCACCUCUCACCCACCGCACAUCGCACCGUGCAGCGCCGCAGGCAAAAUGUGCGACAAACCAGACCUCUCGGAGGUGGAGAAAUUCGACAAGAAGAAGCUGAAGAAAACCAACACGGAGGAGAAGAACACGCUGCCCUCCAAGGAGACUAUUGAGCAGGAGAAGGAAUGUGUGAAGUCUUCCUAGAGAGAGAUUGCCUGGCAGGAGGAGCAACUACUCAAUUAUUUUGCUUUGAAAUGAAUCAUGUGGGUUUUUUUAAAUUUACAUCACAUACAUGUAUAGAAAACAGCUGUAUCACCUAACACACUGUCCCACUUUGCUGGCAGCUUUGGCAGGUGGGGGGACAAAGUGUAGUCCUCUCAGUCCAUCAGUAGCCUGACCUGAUGCCAUCUCUGCUGCUCAGCUGCCUCUUGUGACAGCACUGAUCUUGCUCUGAUGCAGUGGGAAGAUGAGCAAGGGCCAUGGAGGCUUCUGGGCAUGGACCCCUUCUGCCUGGGGGAGUGGGGAACCUUUCUGGCCUCACCUCUGGCCUGGUCUGUCUUGCAUAUUUCUUCACUGACAGUGUUCUGUAGCCUCACUCACAGUUUUUUGUCUUCCUUGGGGGAAAAAUAAGAAGUUUAUUAUAAAAUAAAAAAUUGUAAUGAUCUA